AUCGCAUUAUUCUCCAUUACGAGUGGCCACCAGUCUGUUGAAGCAACCCGCAUUUCGAAAUGGCUCUUCGAGUGACCAGAAACCGCUUGGCUUCUACCAGGACUGACCUCGGUGGGAAGGCCUGCUCGGCCGCCGGGCCCACAAUGAAGCCUCGCGCUGCGCUUGGAGAAAUCGGAAACAUCGCAGUUAACAAAGAAGUACAGAAAAAGAAUGUCAAGACAGAGGCCACUAAGAAGACCAAAGCAGUUGCGACCAAAAAAGCAGUUGUCGAACAACCAAAACCAGAAAUUGUUGUUCCUGCUGAGCCUGAGCCCGAGGUGCGGGUCCAGGUUCUCCCUGAGCCAGCAUCCCCCACGCCAAUGGAGACCUCUGGCUGUGCGCCUGCUGACCUCUGCCAAGCGUUUUCUGAUGUCAUGCUUCACGCCGCUGUCCGGGAUGUGGAUGCAGAUGACUACGACAACCCCAUGCUCUGCAGCGAAUAUGUGAAAGACAUCUACAAGUACCUCAGACAGCUUGAGAUUGAGCAGACCGUCAGACUCUCUUACCUGCAGGGUCAGGAGGUGACUGGCAACAUGCGGGCCAUUCUCAUUGACUGGCUAGUGCAAGUGAGCUUGAAGUUCCGUCUGCUGCAGGAGACGAUGUACAUGACGGUGGGAGUCAUUGACCGCUUUCUUCAGGAUCACCCAGUCCCCAAGAAGCAGCUGCAGCUGGUCGGCGUCACCGCCAUGUUCCUUGCUUCGAAAUACGAGGAGAUGUAUCCACCCGAGAUCUCCGACUUUGCCUACGUGACAGACCAGGCCUACACCACCGCCCAGAUCAGAGACAUGGAGAUGACUAUUCUCCGGGUGCUCAAGUUCCAACUGGGCCGCCCUCUUCCCCUGCAGUUCCUAAGAAGGGCUUCAAAGAUUCACGAAGUAACUGCUGAGCAACACACCCUGGCCAAAUACCUCCUGGAGCUCACCAUGGUUGAUUACGAGAUGGUUCACUUCCCACCUUCCAUGGUUGCAAGUGCUUCUUUGGCCCUUACCCUCAAGAUCUUAGAUGCUGGCGACUGGGAUGUGACACUACAGCACUACAUGGACUACACAGCAGAGAGUUUGAUUCCUGUGAUGGCACACAUUGCCAAGAAUGUUGUGAAGGUGAACGAUGGGCUGACCAAGCACAUGGCUAUUAAAGGGAAGUACUCUACUUCGAAGCAGUUGAGGAUUGCCACUAUCUCACAGCUCAAGUCGUCAGUAGUGAAGGAUCUUGCAAAGCAGCUCACCCAGUGAGGCGACCACGCAUUUGGCACCAUGUGCUGCUAUGUACAGUUGUAACUAAAAGUUUUAAUGUGUUUUGAAGGAGCUGCAUGCCAAGGACCAUGUCAGUGGUUUGCAUGAUAACCUACUGAAUAUCAUGUGUACUUUUUACUGAUCUUUUUUGAAAGCAUGCUACAAGUUUGUAAUUUUCAAUCUGAAAGCUCGCCCUCAAGAGUGCACAUGAUGGCAGUUUAGUCUUGGGAAAUGACUUGGGCUGUAGUGACCCUAUGUCACCUUAUUUACUCUACAUGAGAUUCAGUCGGCAUCAAAGACUACUCCGCUGCAAUAUUUAACACCCUUCGUUAAUGCACUACUUGCCAUCUGAAGUCUCUGUAUAUCUUUGACUAUAUUUUAUUGUCACCAUAUAAUUUCACAAGGCCCCAAAUUUAUAUCUCCGACAAGUAAUUUUUAUUGCUUAGAAGCGGCUGCAAAUGUAAAACUUGAGGCAUGCUUUAACAUGGUCACCAAUAAAGGGGCCAGUGGAUGGGUGUGGCUUUUUUAAUGGGAUUUUAUUGAUCUGUGUAAUAUGUACAGCAAUAUUUUACUUUCUUGAAUGUCUUGUUCUUAAAGCCUCUAUUAAAUGGUUCAAACCAGA